AAGCGAAACACUGCUAGCAUCAAGUUCAUUUCUAAACCGACUGGAGAUAGAGAAACAGCAAUGACGGAACAGCACGAAGACAAGCUCUACGAUCAGAAUGACACCACACUGAAGUUUGUCUCGCGCCAGGAUGAUAUAACCCUGGAUGCUGACCCAAAUAUUCUUCGAGCUGAGAUGUCAUGUGGCCAUGUUGUCUCUCCACAGUCACUGACUGGGUGGUGUCGUAGUCUCCUUGAUCAGGGGCAGCACAAGUUCUUGUGCCCCGCACUUAAGGAUGGAACAACACAGAAGUGCAAUGCCGAAUGGCCCUAUGUGGAGGUGCGGAGGAUGGCUUUAUUGACACAAGAGGAGCAAAGCCAUUAUGAAGAAACAAUGGCUGCCCUGGCUGCGGCUGAGUACUGUGAACACAAAACAUGUCCUGGCUGUCAGACGUUUGUCGAGAGAGCUGACCUUACCAACCUCUGUGUCAUUUGUACAAUCUGCACGGCUGAGAGAGGCCAGACAUUUCAGUUCUGCUGGCAGUGUAUGAGCAAGUGGAAAGGUCCAGGCCCUCGUUCUGACCGUUGUGACAACGCCGGCUGCACCAAUCCUGACAUCGAAAAGUUGUCGAAAUGUCGUAAUAUAACGCUCCCUGCUGUUAACAACGUGAGCUGUCCCUCCUUGCGUGCUUGCCCCACUUGUGGCAAUCUUGUGGAGCAUGACACAACAGGGUGCAAGAAUAUCAUAUGUAAUCGUUGCAGGGUUGAAUUCUGCUUUGUCUGCCUGAAACUCACUCAAGUAUGCUUACAAACAAGCAGGCACUUUAUUGCCUGUUCAGGUGGUGUUGCACCACGGCAGACUUCUAUUCCAUCCUGGAAUAGAAACUAAAUCCUUGGAGUAAGCCUCCUUUAACAAAGAGAAAUUAUACUUUUUAAAGAAUGUGUGAUUAGGCUAUAUGCAAAUGUACAAUAUUCCUUCUUUAUCAUAUAAGCUUUGAUACUUCAUAACAGGAAUCAAGGUUAAGGCUUAGUGUCUAUAAUCCUGCAUUCUUGCUGUCCACUAUCUCAUAUUGAUUAUAAGUCUUAUCCUCUAAAUAAAAUGGUCGUUGAACAAUUCUUAACAAUUAAAGUAUUUAUUUGAUAGCCAUUGAGGCAGAAAGAGUAUGUGAAGAUGUGAUCAAAUUGUGAAAUGUCACAUGGUUUCGAAAAACGUCUUUUGCUGUUCAAAGGUGUGGCAUAACUCCUGAGCUAAACAAACUUUGGAAAACAGGUAGACAUUUCUUAAAUGUUUGGAAUAAACCAGUUCAAAUGCAUGACAGGUAAACAUUUGCUGUUGUCACAUGAUAAAUGUAACAUUUGAAAUGGAAUUUCCCUUGAAGUCUUAACAAUUUAUGCAAUCGUGAACUGGUUUGUCAGCACAGAUCAGACAUGGCGCCAAUAAAACAUCAUAACAGAUGUUAUAAAAGGUAAACAAAGCAACAUAUGUGUGAUGGUUUGGUUCCUGUUGGUGCUGCUGAGAAAAGUUAGCUGAGAAAUAUAGAUGUUAUUCUUUGUUAAGAACUAAAGUACAUGGUGCAUCUUGAAUUUCGAACACAAAAAGUAUAGAAACCCAAAUUUCAUUGAAAUAGUUGUUUCUCAGAACAACAAAGGUGUGUACCAAGUUUAUUCUUGGGAAAAGAGGAAGUCAUUCAUUCUUUGGAAUGUCUUUGGAAUUCUUGUCAUCAAACUAUUAACCUGGCUCUAAUAUGACAGGAUAAUUACCCAGUUAUUCUGAUCAAAUAACAAAUAUUGCAAUUAUAAUGAACACAUGCAACAGAAGCAAAAAAUUGUUUCAGCUAACGCAAAUUGAUUUGUCAGCACACAGAUAUCAGAUAUGGUGCUAAUAAAACUUCAUCAAAGUAAUCAUCAAAGUAAAUAAAGCUGGCACACAUCUAAAAUAUUAAGGAAGUGAUCUUAAUCUACUUAAUCUAGUUAGUUUUGGUUUCUGUUUGGCUGCUACGGGAAUGAUUCAGGUUUCAAUGUGACAUUACUGUGCUCCUUCCCACCAUAACUGUGACCGCUUAAAAGAGAAGCAGCAACUGGAGAUCACACCCAUAUCUACUGACACAACGCAAUUAUGAAUUUUAAACAGAACUUGUCAGAAUAGCACAAACUACUAAAAGAAUCAUUUCAAACUGUGGUACAUAAACAAGACAUUCACUGCUGUCUAACAGAGGGAAACAUCAUGCUGGUCUAGCCCACUAAAGGCGAGCACAAUGGUCCACUGGGGCAGUUGACAUGAAACACUUGACAUGUCCUGUGGUGUAUGAUACUUCAUUUAAAACUAUUUUAAACCACAUUGGCUAAUUCAUAAUCACUAAGCAUGGAGAUUUUAUAAAAUAUUUAUUUAGAGACUACAUGAAAUUAUUGUACUUUUAAAAAUUCAUUUGUCACACAGCAGGGCCAUUUAAAAUGAACUAGUAAAGUCAAAAAGGCACUUAAAAAUCAGGGACUAAAAAUGAAAUGUUUUUCAUUUCGGUUCGUUUGGAGCAAAAACUGUCUUUGUCAAAAACAAGUUUUUACCCCAAAUACUAUACUUUCACUUAUUGAAAAAUUUUGAUUUAAUCACCUUGAACAAAACUGACAAUGACAUACAUGUAUUUUGUCUCUAAAUAAAUGUGAUAAUUUCAGGUAUUCUCACUGGCUACACACAUUUGUAACAUAUUUAAAAUGACUAAAUAUUAGAUCAAAUUACAUCAAAAUCAAACUUUAGACUUUGAACGCAAUGAUCUCAUGGAUCAGCAAUAUUUUGCAGUGUAUAGAGACAAACAGGUAUUUUGGAAAGUGCUGUAGCAGUUUUUGUGGCUACUGUAUUUAGUGUUUUAGGUUGCUCUAACUCUGAAAUUUACAUUGUAGGCACCCUUUGUGUGUUCACAAAUUGUAUUUCACUUUUGAGGUGUGCGCCCUCUGCAGGACAGGUGAUGCCUUGAAGCCCAAAUGUUGCAACCUAAUGCUGCGCUUGAUGUCAGUUAGUAUUUGUUUUUUGUUAAUUAAACAUUGAUUUUGCAAUGGUUUUAUUUCCAAACCUAUUGUAACAAAGAACAUGAUUCAAUAAAACAAAAGAACAACUUUGGAAUCUUCUCACAAGCAUCCAAAUCCCUCAGCAGACCCAAGAAGUGACUAAAUGGGCAAUUUUCUUUAGGAUAGCCAGUAUAAAUAUUUUUAUAUACGUUUAAAGAGCAUUAAUCUUUAUAAUUCCUCCAUAAUUGUAUUAUCAUCAAUACAUGAUGCUGCUAGAAUGUAAUUUAACUUCAAUCUCAAUGUGCUUACGCUAAGCUUUUUGAAGAUGUUUGCGAUAAGAAUAGGUUAUAAUGAAUUUACAGUAAACACAAACAUUUCUCUGCAUCUUCAGUAUCUCUCAAUCAGAUGUGUUCUCUAUACUUCGAUGUGUCCUGGAUAUAAAAAUAGAUCAGUACAAGUGGGCAAAGAAGCUAUUUUGGGAUAAUUCACCUAAAAAUAAAAACUCAUCUCUCUCAUGUCAUGAUCAGUAAUUGGAGUUGUCAAGCUCCUUAAAGGACAAAAAGCAGCAUUAUUGGCAGAGCUAAGUACAUACCGUCUUCUCUGUUAUCAACAGUGUUGGGUAAAUUACUCCAAAUAGUAAUCUACAAAUUACUAAUUUAAAAUUUGUAAUCAGAUUUCUUUGCUGAUUACACCGUGUACUUCUAAACAAGCUUUAGUUUACACACUUGCACUCCGCAUCACCCUUAAAAUGACUUGUUAGGGGGUGCUAGCCCUUCCGCUCUCACAGAAACAAACAAAUGUACAUAUUUACUAUCCAUAUUUUAAAUGUAUUCUACAUAGUUAUUUUUGAAAUAUGUGCAUUUAAAAUGUAAUGCGUUAUACUACUUUUUAACUAAAAGUAACUUGAUUAAUUACUUUGCAAUAGGAUUUCCCUUAACUGGUUAUCAAUUUCAUUUUCAUUUAUUAGCAUGACAAGCUAGAACAAGUCUUUUUAUUGUUGGACAUAUUUUUCUGUCUGCUGCAUGACUUUAAUGUCACAGCUCAUGUAUCAGCACAAUAGUCACUAGUGAAGGGCAUGACAGUGUGCAGGUUCUAGUGAUACCAUCAGCCAAUCAGUUUUGUCAGGUCAAUAUUCUUUUGUGGAAUCAGAGUAAUUAGUUAAGGCAUUUAUGGCUUGGGUGAUUGGCUUAAAAAAGGUUCCAGAACAGUGUCCAUUCUCUGAAGGCAUUAAAUGCAUAUACUGUAUAGAGACGCAAUAGUUAUUAUAAUGUCAUACAGAGGCAUUGUGAACUGAGUACAUGUUCUACGUUCUCUUUAUUUAGCAAGAGCUUUUUAUUCUAAACAAGAAAUAUUAAUAAAACUUUACAACUGAAUAACUGGACCCAUCCAUUAAACAAUAAAAAAAAAAAAAAAAAAAAAA